ACGUAUAUCAGCGUCUGCAACAGAUCGACAGAGCCAGAUGUUUCUCAGUGGUCUCGAGGACAGCAAAUGCGCGGAGCCCAGGACAGUCUCUGAAGACAAUCCCGACAUCAUAUCAAGGUCGAAUUCCAAGCCGCUGUUUGAGGUCAGUCUCGCCGCCAGUGCAUGUGAGCCAUGUCCCCCAAAGGUUAAUUUCCUCGGCCGCUUCUACGGCAGCUGCUACGUCAUCAAACCCAGCGAGCAGCAAGUCAGAUACGUCUCCUGCGACAAAACAUGCAAGCAGCCGUGCAUGUGUUCCCGGAGCUACUGCCAGAGAACUCACUACACCAAGGUCUGGUUCCUAUCUUACUGUACAAGAAAGAUCGGCGGUUUCCAGAGCGGUUUGAACUUCCGUUUCCUGUGGCUCCCACAAGACUGUGCGUGCAGAAACUUUUAACUCAAUGGUUGACCUCGGCCUCAAGAGUUAUUGGUUCAAUGGCAUUUCUCCGUAACAGCAAUCUGACUUAAUGUUACAGAACUAUUAUCUGUUUAUAAAACAUUAUCUCUGAGUGUGAAAAUAUGUCAGCUUAUUUGUGUAUAUAUCUGACUAUACAAAAGCGCGGAAUUUCGGCCAUAAAAAACAAACAAAACACACACAAUAAAAAUCGUUUUUAUUUUUUGUUUUUUAUUCAUAUUGUUACAAGUGCUGAUGUGAUGCUACAAUCAUCUUAUUUUGUAGAAUGUAGUCAAUUCAAUUUGGUUUAUGAUAAAACAGAAAAAGAUUAUUCCUGUUUGUGUCUUCGUCGUUUACUAUACAAGUUUGUGCACGUCAAUAUAAUAAACCUGGCUUACUCGAAACUAUAUAUAAUAUAAAUCUUGUGUGUGAACAUACAAGACAUGGAUUUUCGAGUAACCCAGUUUUAUUAUCUGGGAUAUGUCCUCCACAUGUCUACCACAAAACUUCUUGAAAACUUUACUUAAAGGCCUUGGAAG